AUGCUCCCCUCCCUCCCGCUCCUCCCACUCCUCGCCAUCGCCCAGGGUGGCGCGACCCUGCGCGCCCCCGCUGGCAUCCCCGACGGCGCCUACGAGCUGACGGACGGCCCGCGCGGCAGGACCGCCUACCGCUCCCUGUCGGGCCUCCUCGCGGCGACCCCCGCGAGCAUCGCAGGCCGCCGCGGCGGUGGCGUGGACCUGGCCACCCUCGGGGCGAGCAGCAGCACCCCGACCAAGCCCAAGCGCAAGGGCAAGGGCAAGCCCGCCGCGGUGGCCGCCGUCCCCACCGUGACCGUGACGGCGGCCGCCGUCAUCGCGCAGGCCAACAUCGGCAUCAGCAACAGCAACAACUCCCCGGCCCCGCCACAGCAGGUCGGGGUGCCCUUCGUCCCCGUCGGGGGCGUGGUGCCGGGCUUCCAGCAGGAGCAACAGCAGGAGCAACAGGUGGCGGCCGAGGAGCUCGUCGAGGAGGUCGAGGAGGUGCCCUCGGACGCGCGCAAGCUCACGUCCCUCGUCCCGCGGCCCAAGAACGAGGGCAGCAGGCAGUGGCCCAAGCCCUUCCCGGCCGUCAAGCUGCAGUGCCGGGCGCGGGAGGAGCCCAAGGUGGUCGGCUUCAUGCCCUCGGACGAGCGCAAGGGCCGCGAGGCCCUCAACGCGUACUGCAGCUCGGGCAGCCAGGUCAAGCACAGGGGCUCGCUGAUGCUCAAGAUGGCCACGGCCCAGGUCUACGUCUGCAACACGGCCUUUAGCGGCCACCAGGGCUGCGACGUCGACGAGUACGACUACGUCAUGAGCCUGCUCGACACCUACUGCGGCCCCGGCCAGGCAGGCAACGGCUGGUUCCCCGACUGGGCAAAGACUUAUGGCCGCGACAGGGAAGGCCAGGAUAUGUGCUGGGGUUUCGAUAAGCAGGGCAGGUAGAGAGAUGGAGCUUAUUGCCGGGGGCGUUGGGGUAGCAAAGGGUAAGGGAGCAAAACGUCUUUUUUUUCGUGUAAGCACGCCCGCCACCAAAACAAUGGUAUAUACCUUUAGGAAUAAAACAGGAAUAAAAACAAAAACCCUAAAGCACUAA